CUCGGCUCGGCCCGCAGCAGUCUCGCGCUGAGUGUACAUACGUAUAGUCGAACAGUAGGUGACUGGUGUGUGUGCCCCCAGUCCUCUACUUACUACUCUCGCUUCUGUUAGCCCUCGCAUUGCCAGAGUCUAUCAGUCGCGUUCUCGUAUGAGAAAUGGAGCUCGAGCAGCCAGCAACGCAGUCGAAUUCCGACUCAGAGAGGAAGCUCAAGGAUAACAACGGUGUGACUGGAAAUAAUAGCGAUGCCCACAUAAAUGGUAUGUCAAAUGGAUUUGAUAAAAAGAGAGAACACAAAUCUGAACAUAGGGAUAAGGACAAAGAGAGAUCUCAUAAAUCAGAUCAUAAAGACAAGGAGAGGAGCAAGGAGAAAGAUAAGAAUCAUAAGAGUGAACAUAGGGACAAGGAGAAAGACAGGCAUAAACAUAGUUCAAGUUCCAUUAAAGAGAAGGACAGGCAUGACAGUAGCAAUAAAAACAAGGAAAAGGAUAGGAAGAGUAGCUCCUCCUCGAGCAAGGAUAAAGAGCAUAAGAGCAGCAGCAGCAGCAGCAGUUCCUCGAAUAAAGAUAAAGAUAAGGACAAGAGCAAAGACAAGGAACAUCAUAAAUCCAGUUCCAGUUCUGGAUCUAAGGAUAAAGACAGGCACCAUAGUAGUUCCAAGGAUAAAGAGAGUAAGGAGAAGGAUAAGGAUAAGAGCAGAGACAAAGAGAAAUAUAGCAAGGACAAGGAGAAGCAUAGUUUAAGUUCAAGUUCUCGGGACAAAGAGAAAGAUAAAAGUGUCUCCAAAGAGAAAGAAAAGGAGAGGAAGCAUUCUACGGAAAAGGACAAGGAAAGACAUUCCACUUUUCAUACAAAUGACAAAGAAAAGCAUCGCUCUUCUGAAAAAGACAAGGACAAGCACAAUUUAUCAAGUAAAGAUAAACACCGUCAUGACAAAGAAAAGGAUCGGCAUCGUCACGAUAAGGAGAAAUGUAAAAAUUGCACCAAACACAGGGAAGAUAAAGAUAAGAAGGAAAAGGAGGAAGUCAAAGUUAAAGAGGAAUUUUCGGAUGUAAAACCUAAUCACAUAAAGAGUGAAGAAUUCCAUUACACUGUUGCGCAAACCUUGAAGCAAGUGAAAGAGGAACCAGUCUCACAAAUUGAACCAGAGGACGAUGAUGACAGCAGUGGUGAACAGCCACUGUACAUUAAAGAGGAAGACGAUGAAGAAGAGCCAGCUAAUGAAGAGGAAGCUAGCAUGGAUUCGACUGAUGGGAAUGAUACGAGGCUAUCGGAUCUCCAUAACACUACUAUUAGAACUGAGGAUGAAUCUGAUGAGGAUAUGCCAUUGAUUGCUAGAGCUUCGACGAGUAGCAAGAGGAGUCUCGAAUCGGAGGAGGAGGAAGAUGAUAAGCCACUCUCAGCGCGCAAGAAACCGAAGAAAAGUGAGACAAAAAUGAAGAAAAAGAAACGGAAACAUGAGGACUUGGAAGAGGAUGACGAAGUUGACGAAAAACCAAAGAAGAAAGGUGCGAGAUCAUCAAAGGGAGAGAAUUCUAGCCCGAGAAAGAAGAAACAAGAAGACGAGCAGGACGUUUGGAAAUGGUGGGAAGAAGAGAAGAAGAGUGAUGGUACAAAAUGGACAUUUUUAGAACAUAAAGGACCCGUAUUUGCUCCUCCGUAUGAACCGCUCCCUCCUAAUAUAAAAUUCUAUUACAAUGGGAAAGAAAUGAAAUUGAGUCAAGAUGCAGAGGAAGUUGCCACUUUCUAUGCACGGAUGUUGGAUCACGAUUACACUACGAAGCCCAUGUUUAACAGCAACUUUUUCUCUGACUGGAGGGAAGUUAUGACUGACGCAGAGAGAGCGAAGAUAGUCGAUUUAAGCAAGUGCAAUUUUAAGGAGAUGCAUGCAUAUUUCCUUCAGAAGAGCGAGGAGAGGAAAGCAAUGACUAAAGAAGAGAAACAGAAGAUAAAGGAAAAGAAUGAAGAGAUCCAGAAAGAAUAUGGCUUUUGUACUAUCGACGGGCAUAAGGAGAAGAUCGGUAACUUCAAGAUCGAACCUCCUGGCUUGUUUAGAGGCCGUGGAGAACACCCGAAGAUGGGAAAAUUGAAAAAGAGAGUUAUGCCCGAAGAUAUUCUUAUCAAUUGCUCGAAAAAAUCAAAGAUACCGCAGCCACCGCCGGGACACAAGUGGAAAGAAGUCCGGCACGAUCCGAAUGUUACUUGGCUCGCGUCAUGGAUGGAAAAUAUUCAAGGCCAAAUUAAAUACGUUAUGCUUAAUCCAUCGAGUAAACUUAAAGGAGAGAAAGAUUGGCAGAAAUAUGAGACUGCAAGGAAACUAGCGCAAUCGAUAGACAAGAUUCGGGCUGAGUAUAGAGAGGAUUGGAAGAGUAAGGAAAUGCGUAUACGACAAAGAGCUGUAGCGUUAUACUUCAUAGAUAAACUGGCUUUAAGAGCUGGUAAUGAAAAGGACGAGGAUCAAGCAGACACUGUAGGUUGUUGCUCUUUGCGAGUAGAACAUAUUUCAUUACACGAACAAAAAGAUGGGAAGGAGUAUGUAGUCGUAUUUGAUUUCUUAGGUAAAGACUCAAUAAGAUAUUAUAAUGAAGUGCCAGUAGAGAAAAGAGUGUUCAAGAAUUUACAGCUUUUUAUGGAAGGGAAAUCGCCAACUGACGAUCUGUUCGAUCGUCUCAAUACGACAAUUAUGAACAAACAUUUGAACGAGUUGAUGGAGGGUCUUACGGCCAAAGUAUUCAGGACUUACAACGCCUCGUGGACAUUACAACAGCAAUUAGAUAAAUUGACGAAUCCUGAUGACACUGAGGCCGAGAAAAUUUUAUCAUACAACAGAGCGAACCGAGCCGUUGCAAUAUUGUGUAAUCACCAGCGCUCAGUUCCUAAAACACAUGCAAAAUCCAUGGAGAAUCUUAAAGCAAAGAUCGAAAGCAAGAAAGAAGCUAUAGCCGAGGCAGAACAGGCCGUGAAAGACGCUAAACAUGAAGCGAAACACGGAUCUGUUAGAGAAAAAGUUGUAUAUGAAAAGAAAAAGAAAACUCUUGAUAGAUUAAGAGACCAGCUAACAAAAUUGGAGGUCCAGGCGACAGAUAAAGAAGAAAAUAAAGAAAUCGCGUUAGGCACGUCCAAGCUGAAUUAUCUCGACCCAAGGAUUAGCGUUGCUUGGUGUAAAAAGAAUAACGUCCCUAUUGAGAAAAUUUACAAUAAAACUCAAAGGGAUAAGUUUAGAUGGGCAAUAGAUAUGGCAGGACCUGACUACGUGUUUUAACCCCAUGAAAGAUCGAUAAUCGCGGAAAAUAACUCCCACUAAUUGUAUUUAGUGAAUUUUUCGUUAAUAUGAUCGGGAGAAAAAGUAACGGUAUAAUUUUCUAUAUUUACAAAAGAUAAAUGUGAGAGUGCGGGGACAUAUUUUAUAUAGAAACACUGUUAAAUUUCGGUGAAGACUUUAUAUUUAAUGUGUAAUCGACACGCGCGUAGUCUAGAAUUGAUCGCUUAGCAUACAGCGCGUAAAAAUUUUAGCGGUCGCAUUUGCAUAUAGGCGUUUAAUUGAUCUUAUAAAUAUUAGUAACACAAUUUGAGUAAAUCGGAAGGAAAAUGUCAACUCCUUAGGUAGAAAUUUAUAAUAUUUGUGAAUAUUUACAAGAACAUGAUUUGCGCAGAGCGAACUAAAUUUAGAGGGUUGCAGCUCGAAGUUAAUUCGUUAGAUCAUAAAUUUUAUUACCUCUAAAUUUAGGUGUGCACGAGAUGGCAUGGGCUGUUGCAUUGUAAAUAGAAUUUAUUCGUCAAAACUUUGCCAGCCGAUUAAACGAUAAGUGUAUGUGUACUAGGUCUAUCUUAAAAAAUUCACGUCUGAUAGAUGAGCAAUUAAUUUUCUAUUCUUUUCAUCUGUCUUCUGAUAAAUGUGUAGAACUAUUCAAGGAAAAUUAUUCGUAUUACGCAUUAGGAUACUCUUGAAGUCCCUGCGUAAAUUGAUUUAGUAUGAAAUUACUUGAAUCGAAAUCAUCAUUAACGAACUUGAUUGGCAUAAUGCACGUCGGAACAGAUGAUUAUAAGUAAUGAUAUGUAUUUCAAAAAACACAGAUCAUCGCUUUUUAGCGAUUUAUGUUUUAUAAGAAUGUUUAGAUUAUAAUAAAUGUGAACACAUUGUAUCCUCAAAAAUUCUUUUAGUAUCUGUACACUCGAAUACCUUGCGAUCACCAGUAAGAAUAAUUGCCCGCAGAGAACAAAAAAGCUGUGUACCAGAUAUCAGUUUUUAUUAUGCUCAUACACAGACGUAGCUGCGUAGCUGUGUUGAAAAGUCUUAUUCAUAAUCGAUGAUUGUCACGCUAGUAAACGUAGGUCC